UUUUUUGAAAUCUUUUGUUAUAUCUCGCUUGAUCGCAGUAAAAUCCCGCCCAUGCUUUCGUUUCAGUGUAUACGCAAUACAUCUGUCAAAAUUUUCCCAUUAUGGACACGAUCAUCGCAAAAAAUGUUGUGAAGUGCAAGAUAACACUGAAUCAACAAUUUGACGCCACAAUACACGGUCCGCGGCCACAUCUCUCCAUCCUCGAUUGCGCCACACGCUCGCUCAUUCUGCACCUGGUCCGCCCACCUCGCUCGCUGCGUUUCACGCCUUCGUGUGCCUGCCGGAUCGGAAGCGAACACCAUCUUCGCAGGGUUGCUGUCCGGCAUUCUUGCAACAUGCCAUGUCCAACGUACUUUUCCGGCUUUGGUUACCUUCUGGAUACUGGGUUCGCCGUAGAACUGGACGAGCCGACACACACCGUCCUCUUGCACACCGCCAAAAGUUGUCCUAAGCACUCCGAGUGCUUGCAAUUCCUCUUCGAGCAUGGUUGAGCAAGUUUCGUGCCCGUAGAGGACUACCGGUCUUAUCAACGUUCGGUACAUGACGCAUUUGGCGCUCCGAGUUCCAUAAGGAAGAUCUAUGGAUCUCAAGGAAGGAUUCCACAGGAGCUCUUGGAAGAAGUUUUCCAAAAUUGCUGGGUUGGUCCAGGGUUGCUGGAAGGAAAUCUUGUUGAAGGAAUUUUCAGGGCUUUCUUUCUUGAAGUCAUGCAUAAUUUUUUAAAUACAGUAAAGAAUUUUGGAAGGAUUCUUGAAUGAAUCCCGUCAAAAGUUCUCAAUUUAUGUAGAGAAUCCUGGACGAAUGUAAUCGGGAAAUUUUGUUCAGAAUUCCUUUAAAAAAUCUUGAAAGAGAUUGUGGUAGAAUAUCAGAGAAUAUUUCCUCAAGAAUCCCAGGAGUAAUUCCAGUGGAAUUCCUGUAUUAUUGUUGAAAUUAUCUUUGUAAAUAAUUUGAGAAACCCUUCAAAUUUCGGGACUUCCAAUAAGUUCUGGAGAAACUUCCAGAGAAAUUCCUGGAGGAAUUUCCGGUGAAAUUCCUGGAAUAUCUCCCGGAGGAAUUAAUGGAGGAAAUUCCACAUGAAUUCCUGGAGGAACUUCCGUAACAAUUCCUGAAGGAAC